AUGGGAACCAUAGUGCUGUACCCAUCUCCAACCAUGGGCCACCUUAUAUCCAUGGUGGAGCUCGAAAAACUCAUCCUCCACCAUCACCCAUCCGCCACCGUCACCAUCCUCACCGUCUCUCCUUCCUUAAACACCGGUUCCACCGCCGUUUACAUCCACGCCGUCCCCUCCAUCACCUUCCACCAUCUGCCCGCCGUCCACCUCGACCUCCAGACCUUUCCCUCCAUGGAGGCUGUCGUCUUUGAAACCCUUCGGCUCCAUCUCUGCCGCCGCCGCCACGACUUUCUUCCUCCACUUCCCGGCGGUCCACGAUGGAAAAACUGUGAACACAUUCGAGAGUUUGGAGGUGAAGUCGGGGACCCCACAGGUGGCGGUGCUGGGGCACGGGUCGGUGGGCGGGUUCGUGAACCACUGCGGGUGGAACUCGGUGCUGGAGGCAGUCGGGCAGGUGUGCUGAUGGUGGUGUGGCCGCUGCACGCGGAGCAGAAGCUGAACCGGACGGUGUUGGUGGAGGAGAUAAAGGUGGCGCUGAGAAUGGAGAUGGCGGAGGAUGGGUUUGUGGCGGCAGAGGAGGUGGAGCGGCGAGUGAGGGGGCUGAUGGAGGAGGUGGAGGAGGUGACGAGGGUGGUGGAGGAGCAGAGCUUGGAGGCGGCGGCGGCCAUCGCGGAAGGAGGUUCCUCAAUUGUUGAGCUUGGGAAGCUUUUUCAGUCGUGA